UUUAUCCACACCUUCAGAAAGCUUUCUAAACUCGAGCAAAUAAUUAUUAGCACGACUGCUCUCCAUUCCCCCCUUAAAGUGUUUCCAUCUUGGUAGAUUUCUUACUGCAUUUCUCAAAGAUUAAUGGGGUUCAUAAACAGUAAUGAACAGCACUUGCUGUCUAAGAUAGCAACGGGCAAUGGGCAUGGUGAAAAUUCUCCUUUCUUUGAUGGUUGGAAGGCGUUUGAGAGUAACCCAUUUCAUCUGACUAAUAACCCUGAAGGGGUUAUCCAAAUGGGUCUUGCAGAAAAUCAGCUUUGUUUUGAUUUGAUUCAAGAGUGGAUUUUGAAUAACCCACAAGCUUCCAUCUGCACCCCAGAAGGAGUAAAUGACUUCAGAGAAAUAGCUAUCUUUCAGGACUAUCAUGGCUUGCCAGAGUUCAGAAAUGCUGUUGCCAAAUUUAUGGAGAAAGUAAGAGGAAACAGAGUCAGAUUCGACCCUGACCGCAUCGUUAUGAGUGGAGGAGCAACCGGAGCUCAUGAGACGCUUGCCUUUUGUUUGGCUGACCCGGGGGAGGCAUUCCUUGUACCUACACCUUAUUAUCCAGGUUUUGAUCGGGAUUUGAGAUGGAGAACAGGAGUACAACUCCUUCCAGUAGUCUGUGAAAGCUCUAACAAUUUCAAGGUGACAAGAAAAGCUUUGGAAGAUGCCUAUGAGAGAGCUCAAGAGGCCAACAUCAGAGUAAAGGGCUUGCUCAUUACCAAUCCAUCAAACCCACUUGGCACUAUCUUGGACAAACAGACGCUAAGAGAGCUUGUAAGCUUCAUCAAUGAGAAGAGCAUCCACUUAAUCUAUGAUGAAAUAUAUGCUGCCACUGUCUUCAGUCAACCUGGUUUCAUCAGCAUAUCUGAGAUUAUAGAGGAAGAAAAAGAUAUCGCAUGCAACCGUGAUCUCAUCCACAUUGUUUAUAGUCUUUCAAAGGACAUGGGGUUCCCUGGCUUUAGAGUUGGCAUUGUCUAUUCCUACAACGACGCAGUAGUAAAUUGUUGUCGUAAGAUGUCCAGUUUCGGAUUGGUUUCCUCGCAAACCCAACAUCUGAUUGCAUCUAUGCUAUCAGAUGAUGCGUUUGUCGACAGAUUUUUAGCAGAGAGUGCUGAAAGGUUGGAAACAAGGUAUAAGUUCUUGACUUGCAGUCUUGCUCAAGUAGACAUUGAUUGUUUGAAGAGCAAUGCUGGCCUCUUUCUGUGGAUGGAUUUGCGUCACCUCCUCAAAAACAAGACAUUUGAAGCAGAGAUGGAGCUGUGGCGAGUGAUAAUAAAUGAAGUUAAGCUCAAUGUUUCUCCUGGUUCUUCUUUUCAUUGCUCAGAGCCAGGGUGGUUCAGGGUUUGCUUUGCUAACAUGGAUGACAGCACCAUGCAAGUUGCUUUGACAAGAAUCCGAACCUUUGUGCGUCAAAAUAAGGAAGUCAGAAUUCCCAAGAGAAAGUGUUGGAACAGCAACCUAAGACUCAGCUUCUCAUCUUUAAGAGUGGAUGCACAGAGCAUGUUGUCUCCUCACUCCCCUGUACAAUCACCUCUUGUUCGAGCCAGGAAUUAGCCUGAAAAAACAGUGACUUUAAUUUGCACCAUUUAUAUGCAACUUCCUAGAUAAAGGCUGACAGAAUAUUCUUUAAUUUAUUUAUGUCAGGUUAAAAGGGUCAUCCAUUAGUGGCAAUAAGGUUUGUCAUUACAAUAACCCAUUUAGUGGUGCUCUGCUUCUAAUGGGGGGGAUAUGUUGGUUCCAGCAUCCCUCUUAUUUUUCUUUCCUGAGUGCAUUUUUUCUUUUUUCACUUACCAAAUGGUGGUGAAAGAAGUUGUUUGUAUUUUCUGAGAAAUUUCUUUGUAAGCAUUCAUUUAAUUUAUGUUGUUUUUUCGAAUGAGAUUAAAGACUCUUUAGUUGCAAAA